GAGCCUGGUGCAGUGCUCAAAGAGUGCUGGGACCUCGUUCAGACACCAGUCUCAAGUUCCCAUCUCUCUCAUGCUCCCUCCUCCACUCUGUGAUCUGCUCACCUCUCGGUCUGCUGUUCUCUCAUCCUCACCCUGACCCCUUCACAUCACCGUUGACUCUUAGCUAUGUGUUUCAUUUUUGUUGCCUAACAUUCGCCGACCCUCAACAUGGAUAUCGGAGGACUGACCACAGUAGUUGCAAAUUCAGCUUACAUUAACGCCCGUGGAAGCAUUGAUGGCUCCAAUCCAGCAGCAGCUCGGGAUAAGAAGUACCAUGCUCGCCUCAAACUGCCCCACAUCACCGUGUGCGAGGGCCUGAGGGACACCCUGGACUUGUCCUUCGACUCAAUCUGUGUGGAUCAGCCGAUUGGAAAACGCCUCUUUAGGGAAUUCCUGGAUGCCAACAAGGAGUAUCAUGGAGCUUGCAAAUUAUGGAAAGACAUUGAGGGCUAUGACCUGGCAGAGGACUCCGACAGGGGGAUGAAGGCUUCAAAGAUAGUCCAGCGCUAUAUGGACUCCUCUGCCAAACACUACUGCCCGUUCCUGUCUGAGGAAAUCAUAGCCAAAGUCAAGGAAACCCAGGAGGCUGUAGGGGAUGACUUGUUCAAUGCAGCCCUGACCACAACAUUGAACUAUCUCCGAGAAGCCCCCUUCACAUUCUACUUGGAGAGCAUGUACUUGAAGAGGUUCCUUCAGUGGAAGUGGCUUGAGAUGCAGCCCAUGGAUGAUGACUGGUUCCUGGACUUCCGUGUGCUGGGUAAAGGUGGGUUUGGGGAGGUGUCUGCAUGUCAAAUGAAAGCCACUGGAAAACUGUACGCCUGUAAGAAACUUAACAAGAAGAGACUGAAGAAGAGGAAAGGCUAUGAGGGGGCGAUGGUGGAGAAGCGUAUUCUUGAGAAGGUUCACAGUCGCUUCAUUGUGUCACUGGCAUACGCCUUCCAGACAAAAGAAGAACUCUGUCUCGUCAUGACAAUCAUGAAUGGAGGAGAUCUCAAGUAUCACAUCUACCUGGUGGACGAGAACAACCCAGGGUUUGAUGAGCCCAGGGCCUGUUUUUACAUAGCUCAGAUCAUCCAGGGCUUAGAGCACCUCCACCAGAAAAGAAUCAUCUACAGGGAUCUCAAACCAGAAAAUGUGCUGCUAGAUAAUGACGGGAAUGUGCGUAUAUCUGAUCUGGGUCUUGCUGUGGAGCUAAAAGAAGGCAAAACAAUGACCAAAGGUUAUGCAGGGACACCAGGGUACAUGCCUCCAGAAAUGCUAAAAGGUGAAAAGUACGACACCUCGGUGGACUACUUCACCCUUGGAGUGACUCUGUACGAGUUCAUAGCUGCUAAAAACCCCUUCAGAAACAGGGGAGAGAAGGUGGAGAAGGAGGAGAUGAAGGAGCGCAUGCUGACAAGGGUGGUGACCUACCCAGAAAACUUCAGCGAACAUGCAAUUAGCCUGUGUGAUGGGCUGUUAGCCAAAGAGGUCGAUAAGAGGAUGGGUUUCAAAAAUGGAACCUGCGAUGAGCUCAGAGCACAUCCAUUUUUCACUAGCAUCAACUGGAGGAAACUGAAUGCAGGUAUCCUUCCUCCUCCGUUUGUCCCUGAUCCUAAAGUGGUUUAUGCCAAAAGUCUGGACGACGUCGGGGCUUUCUCCUCCGUCAAGGGCGUCAACAUAGAAGAUCCUGACAAAACCUUCUUUGAUGAGUUUUCUACAGGCAACAUCUCCAUCCCCUGGCAGGAGGAGAUGAUUGACAUGGGCAUAUACGGAGAGCUCAACCUCUGGGGUCCUGAAGGCACCAUCCCGAACGACCUUCGCAGAGAGUCCAUAUUAGAGCAGCCAAAGUCCUCUACCUGCUGCGUAUCAUAGAGUCAUUGCAACAGACGGAAAAGAAGUCAGUCACAUGGUUUACAGACGCUAAGAAUGGACAGCAGAAAAAGGCAAAUAUUCAGGACAAACAGACUCAGAUCUCCGCUGAACUUUGUCAAAGUUGGACGGUGGAUUUCAAUCAUAGAACGGACUUAAGUGUAGAUUUAAUCCUUCAAUAAUACAUUUCAUCUUUUUGUGGUUCCUCCUGUUUUUUCCUCACUCGCUCUCAAACCUCAUCCUCUCAUCAUCCUCAGUUCACUCAGUCGCCGUCUCUUUAUUUUGUGUGAAUGCAUUCAUUUAAUGUAAAGCUUUAGAUUUAAAAUGCAACAUAGCAUUUUAAGCAGGUCGAGUAAUGUGGUAUCUCUGGUGCUAAGUGACAGUCAUGUCUUUAACAUGUAUAGAGUGUUGUGAGAAAAAAAUAGCAGUGGUGUUUUAUGGAGUGCUUUUGUGUUUUUCAGACUUAUUGCCUGUUAGCUUUUAAUAUAUUCAGUUAAAUGCUGCUGUUGAUUUACCAAAAGCUAAGAGACCUGAAAUGCUAAAUUGUAAUUAUUUAUUUUUGGAAAAUAUGUUUUCUUAACUUGAUGGAUACUAUUUGUCUGUUUCCACAGAUAGUUGAGAGUGUAAGACCUAUCAAAGUGUUGUUUAGUUGUUAUGGGACAAAUAUGACUAUAGGACAGAUGUUUACAGCAUUCAGUUUAUUUUUAAAACACAAUGUUGAACAAAAGUUAAAGUCAGAGACAUUAAUGUAUGAAAAAAAAAUGCUGGCAAGUAAAAUAGCUUAUUGAAAUGGAAAUUUGAAUUAAUUUCUGCUUAAUGAUGAUUGUAGCACUGUUCAGGAAUGUCAUGUAAACACAGAUUAAAACCAGGCUUUUUCUGUAUUCUAGAUUCUAUUUCCCCAGUGGUUGAAUAAUAAAUGCCAUCAGAAUGACGAGCGAA